AUGGUACCGGCCACUCCUCCCAGGUCCAGAAAUAAAUCUGAAAAGCCAGUGAUGCUGGAACCUCCUCGAGGCGAUCUUCCUCCAAUGUCACCACACCGAUUCCACACACAGCCUUCAGUUCCGGUAACACCAGGAAGUGUGGGUGCCAAACCUAGUUCGCUUCCUUUCAAUAGACUGAAAUCACCGCGACGUCGGUCGUCCCCCAUUAGAGGUCUUAGAACUCCAGAAUACACUCCUAUAAAGCCAUCUGAAAGUGCACGGAAAAAACUCGAUUUUGGAGAAAAUCAGCAAGAAUUUCGUAACGUUGGGCGCGUACUUUUCCCUGAAAGUAGUAGUGGGAGCUCAGAACGGUUCCAGAGCGGGUUUCUGGCACCUCCUACAAAACCAUCGUCGCUGCAAUGUGCUCCAAAACUUCUGCCGCCGGAUUUCUCCUCAAUCAUGCAAGAUCCUUUGGAUACGUCCAAAAGGGCAAUCCCAGAAAUUUACGCUGACACCUGGGAAAUGGAUCAAAGCAGUGAUGAUUUUCCAAGAAAAGAGGCCAAGCAGACGCCAGGAACGCCCAGUGAUAAAGUUGUGACGUUCGAACUUGCCAAAGAUUGGAAUAACAACUCAGGGUCGUGCAUCUCUUCCGAUGAAGAGGCUGAAGAAACUAUGAUAAAGUCAAAAACUUUGGAAAACCCUUUUGAUUCGGGCUCGGUACCGAGUGAAGAGACCAGAAGAAGACGCAAGGAACAACUCAUACAAGAAUAUCCAGAAUUAGGAAGUUCGAUACAAUAUGUGGACAAAAGGGGCAAGGUUGUCAAGGAAAGAACUUUGAGUCCCGAGGAACAAGAACGAUUUCGUCCGCGUAUGCUGUUCGCCGAUAAGCAGGACAAAGGAAAUAGGAAUCAAGAUUAG